AGUUUUCAGUUUCUUUAGGAGCAUUUUCCUUCCAACAAAUGGCUGCAGGUGAUAGAUAGUAAUCUUAGAAGUGUAAAAUUGCAGGAACCUUUACUUGUGAAGUCACUGACUGGGGAAUGGUACAGGAUAAGAAGUUGGAUGUAGUUGUGAUAUCAUCACCAGGAUCUAUACUUGUUCCCUUAGCCCAAACUCUGAGAGAAGGAGAAAAAGCUGUAAUUACAUGUCUUUCAAAAGAUGCUUCUUCCAGGAAAGUUGGUUUCAAUUGGCUGAAAGAUGGAAGAAUCUUAAACCCAUCCAAACAACCAGAGCUAAUUGAGGAUAUAUUUCCAACAGGAAGUCGAGUGGUUAUCCAUUCAGUAAAUAAAUCUGCAAUAUACAGUUGUAUUUUGACAACAACUGCAGGAAUGACUAGAACAGACAGCAACUUAAUGGUUUUGGACAAGACAAGAGAUAUUCCAACUUGUCUUCCAGAAGAAUACCAGAGUUUUGGAUGGAAUCUGACAGUAGCAAAUAGUGAUAACAUUAAGUAUUGUGGUAGAGGGUACACAGGAGAAGUAAGAAGGCACUGUAGUCUCAAAGAAAAAAGUGUUGCUUCUUGGGAAGAGCCUGAUUUUUCAAGCUGCUUAUCAGAAGAGUUCUUACAAAUCCAGGAACAGUUUGAGAAGUUAACACUAGGCUACUUGGAAAAUAACAUAUCAUCCAUUGCUGUAAGUUUGAAAAACUAUUUGGAGACAAAGAUUAAGACAAUGCAUUACAGAGAAGGAGCUUCUGUUCUGGAUCUAUUAAACAAAUUGCACAGUUUUUAUCAGCACAAGUUAUUAACUCAAAAGGAAGUUAUGGAUACAACUGAGACUUUGUUGGAUAUUGCUUCCCUCCUGCUGAUGAACUCUCAUGUCAUCCAUAAACAGUCAUAUAUGAUUCAGAUUCAUCAGCUAAUUUUAAACCAUGGGCUUUCAAGAGGAGCUCAAGGUGCACCUGGAAUUUUUCAGAUGUAUGAUAGAGAAGCUUUUGUCUUACAAACUGUGAAAGUGAUGGAGGAAGGAUGGCAUAUUCUGAAGUUUCCAAGCUUUCCUGAAAUCCUGAAAGGUUCCAGUACCACAACCAAGCAGGAUAACAUGCAAACAAAUAGCCAGACUGUUUCAGGCAAGCAUCCUUGGCUAACUGAUGAGCUAGAGGUCAGCUAUAAUACCUUCUUAAUGUCUGAUGCUGAACAUUUGAAUGAAAGCAUAGUCACAACAGUUGUGUUCUACAAGAAUUUGUCAGUCUUCCUUCCACCACGUUUCUUAAUUAGAAAAGGUGAUCGUGAUAUUGAGAGUCAGUUGUGUUCCUCUAUAAUGGCAGUGGGUAUAAAGUCUGGACACCAACUGAUUGGGCUUGAGUCAAAUGAUGUAAAAGUUCAAGCAGCUCUGAAGAAAAAAGCUUCUGUAAAUGUUGGAGCAAGUAAUCUAUUUUGUGGUCUGGCAUUUUUUACAGAUGGGUGUAUUCCUAUUCCUGCUUCUCCAGGUCAUGGUAUGGAAGUUCCCCAUAUUCAUGAAGGGUUUGAUAUCAUAGUUGGUGUUGGGUGUGCUUUAUGUAUAUGCCUGGUACUAAUAACAGUGUUAAUUUUGCUGAUAUGUUGGAGGAAGAUAAGAGGACCUCUAACAGCUUUGAAGAUUCAGUCUUGCUUUGCUGUACUUGGAGCUUACAGUAGUUUUAUGGGGGCUUUACAUGAAUCAUUGCACAAGGAGUACUACCCACAUGUUGUUUCCCUUGUGAUGUUUUUCCUGUUAGCAUCUAUCUGCAUGCAGCUCUGUAUGGGACUUACAAUUUGUAUGGAGUUUGUGGAAUUGAAGACCAUACAACAUUUAGAACAAAAGAUUGCUGCAAUGGGAUGGGCUGUGCCUAUCAUAGUUGUUGGAGCAACUCUUGCAGCACAAGUCUUGGAAGGCUUUGAUCUAGACAGCUGGUGGUUAUUGAUUGGAACAAGUUUUUUUUAUGCAUUUGUUACAUCUGGAAGCAUCAUUGUGGUGCUGUACAUGUUGCUGUACCUAACUGUGAAAGCUGAAUUAAGGAGGCAAGAAAAGAUUAACCCACAGCUUCAGAGAAAAAUACUGAAUAGGGCUGGGAUGCUACGACGUUCACUCUUCAUUUUCCUGUUACUUUUGUUAGUAUCUACAUCAAGCAUUUUGUUUGCCAACUUUGAAGAAAAUAUUUUCAACUACUUUUUUUCUCUGUCCUCAGCCCUCCUGGGUAUUUUCAUUUUUGUAUUUUAUACAGUAAAAAGUGAAAAUUAUCAUCAAAUAUCUCACUGUUUUUCUACUAAUGAAAAAGACAUUGAAGAUAGUGAGGAGCAGUUCCGAAGAAAUUCCUUUAAAAUGUAUGUAAAACCUGAAAUGAUGAAGGACAGCCCAUACUAUUUAGAUGCUCUUGAAGAACUGCCAACUGAGAAAGUAUCAGAGACAAAGCUACAGGUGGAGACAUACAGCUACAAGAAGAGCUACAAAGAGCGUAAUCAUCUUGUGGCAAACCAUACAAAAGGUAAGACAAAUCACUCUCCUCAGAAAGUGCGAAUAGACAGCGAAAGUGGAGAAACAGACACCGAGAAUGAGGAGAAUGUGUCUGGAACGCCACCACGUUUUCGACGUCUUCGUCCCCUAUUUCAAAAUACUCCAAAUCCUAUGCCAUUUGAGCUACAGAACUUAGAAGAUAGUCCAAAAAGCAGUCACCAUCACUUGAAAGAUUUUUGUCCUCUAGGAGGUUCUGAUGGAGAAAGUGACAAUCAAGACAAAAGUAACUGUUGUACCACAACAAGUUAUAGCUCGCAGUCUAGCCCAUCGUGUCAGCUGCAUAGUAUACAGUCAAAUCUUGCUCACUCAGACUUUUCAGAAUCAGGAUCCUCAAACAGUAGCAGCCUGGAAGAACAGAGUGCCUUAUAUAUUCCAGCUAAUGUUCGACUAGGGAACUACAUUCCCUAUAAGCCAAGCAGCUUAUUACAGCGUGAAGAGUCAGUCAUCAGUGAGGAGGAUGAAAAUGAUGAAAGCCAAGCUAGUACAAUUAAACCAGCCAGUAUAAACGUGAACUCACACUCUCCUUCAGAAACUCAGGUAAAGGAAAAUCAAGGCAGAGCUGCUGGUGAUUGUGAUGAUAAUACAAAUCCAGCCAAAACAAAAAUAGGAUCUUCAGAAGCUUCAAAGCAUGAUUCAGCUCAAGUCCUCUUACUCAGUGGUUCUCAAUUUUCUUCUGCUGAAAAUGAUAAAGUAGGAAAACAAGUUCCAAAUUCCUGUAAAAGAAAAUCUUGGAGCAUUACAGCUGUUUGAGUGAUAAGAUGUGUUUUCUUGCUGCUGAUUCAUGGACUUGUUUGUACACACCAGGGUAAACAAUUGUGACAUUUGAUUAAUAAAUACUGAAUGGGGAUAAAUGUAUUUAUUUCUUGAUGUGUAAAUUAAAACUGUAUUAUAACUCAUGGUCUUUAUUUUUCCCUUUCUGUCAAACAGUAUAAUGUUAAAAUUAGAUCUUAAGUGAUGUGUUAUCAUGGCUCCACCUGUUUGCAUAAAUUGUAAGCAAUCAAGGUAAGCCUCCCUUUAACAAAAUUUAAUGAUGAAGUAUUCCUAUCAUGUUUCUUUUUUUUAAAGAGUUAGUUCAAGAUCUUAGGUACCUCAUAACAAACUAAAAUACAAAACAAAAAUAAGCUGAAACUGGAAUGAAUGUCAUCAUCAGCAUAGACAGUUUGACAAUGUAAUGUAAUCUUUUUCUUUUCAACAAAGAUGUAACUGUUCUUUUAAGUAUGUUAUUUACUUUUAAAAAUAACUGUAUUCCAUAAUCAGAUCAAUAGUUUACGGUGAGAAUGGCACAAACUAUAAAAAAAACUCUUCAUGCCCUCUUCUUUUUAAACUUUGGUGAGUUUAUUCCAGAAUUUAUCAACAGUUCUAACAGUACAUUUUGUUGUAGAAUAAGACAGAAAAUUAUAUGAUUUAAGAAAAUGUGCAAGAUAUUGACUCAUAAAUCAUAAUUCCAGUCUCCUAUUUGAAGCACAGGUAUCUGCUUCUACUGUCAAGUUAAUCAUUUUUAUAAAAUGUUUUUGAGUAAAAAAAAAACUUUCCUAAGGUUAUGUUUUGAACAAGUUAGCCUUGUAUAUUUAAAAUAAAUUGAGUUGUUCUGUGUACUAAAAAUUGUAUUAGUGAUUUUGCAGUGAUUAUUAAGGCUACUUUUUUGUUGAAUGUUUAUGUAUGUUAAUCUGUUUAUGUGAUAAAUGUAUUUGAUUGAUUUUUAAAAAUAUCCAAAGGCUGGCUAUGUGUUCUGUAUGCAAGUUCUUAGGCUUAGUCUUUAGAAAAAUGUCAGUGUUGUCAAAAAGAAAAUAUUGUCCAAUCUAUAUACCCUUUGAGUCUAUCCACAAAAUUCAUCUAUUUAAGAUAUACCUUAAAAAAAUGUAAUCUGUAUUUUGCUCAAAAAUACUACACUGACCCUACUAUUACGUAACAUAUAAUGUUUUGGGACAACAUGGGACCUAUUGGUC